UAGCCGCUGGUUGGUUGGAAAUGUCAGGUGACAUAAAGUGGGAAAAAACAAGGAAGCGCGUUUUUCCCGGUAAACUUCCGCACGUGUCCCGGACAUCUGAGGUUCCGCCGUUAGAGGUUGGGGAACCGGAGCCGAACCCGGAUCCUGGACGGUACCAACAUGUCUGAGGACGUCCCACCUGACGGACGCUCGUCCCAGUCAGAGACCCAGAGCCAGUCCACCCUGUCCCCGUCCCAGAUCAAGUCCCCACAGGGUUCUAGUUCGUCCAGCGGGCCGACCUCAGCCAGCCAGUCGUCCAGCGGCUCAGGGACGGUGAGCAGCGUGGACACCAUCCCCGUCACCCUGUCCUCCGUCCCAGAAGAAGCGGAGCCAGAGCUCUGGGGUCGGCUGCUGCCCAUGGUCCGAGGCUUCAGGAGCCAAGACUGCAUAGAGGACCAGUACCUGUUUGGCCGGGACUCGGGCUGCGACUACGUCCUCGGAGACCCAGACAACAAGAGGUCCCAGAAGUUCCGGAUCUACAGCAAGAAGCACUUCAGGAUCUACAGGGAAGGCUCUAAAGUCUUUUUGGAGGACCUCAGCAACAAUGGGACUUUUGUGGACGGCAUAAAAGUUGGACAGAAUAAGAAGCUUCCUCUGACCAACAACGCCGUGCCGUCUCUGGCCGAGCAGACUGUUGUGUUUUCAGGAGAAAACCGAACGGCUGAUUUCUCCAAACUGAACCCGAUGCAGAAGGUUCCUGUCAUGGUGGACAACGGCUUCGUCCUCACAGAGAGUGACGCCAUCCUGAAGUACCUGGCCACCAAGUACGACGUCCCUGAACACUGGUAUCCACGGCAACCGGAGCACAGAGCUCGCGUGGACGAGUACACGGCCUGGCACCACACCAACACCAGACCGCACGCCGCCAAAGUCUUCAUCCUGGAGGUUCUGCUCCCCGCCCAGACCGGCAGCCCAGUGGACCAGAACCGUCUGCGCCGGGCGCUGUCAGAGCUGGACGCAACGCUGGACAAGCUGGAGUCCAUGUUCCUGAAGCGGCAGCCCUUCCUCUGCGGCGAUGACAUCACUGUGGCCGACCUGCUCGCCGUGUGCGAGCUGAUGCAGGUCUCUGGUUCCGGGUCUCUGGUUCCGGGUCUCUGGUUCCGGGUCUCUAUACGCUCUAUCCCCAGGCCGCCGCCUCCCCUAAGAGGCCAAAUCUCUGAUAAUGUCGUCCAAGUGACGGCGCCACGGGAUGCUGAUCACAUCCUGUCACGGAGUGUCAUAUCCCAUCAUGCUUUGCGUUCCAGAGGAGUCUGCGGCGAGGUGCGUCUGGCCUUUGAACGCUCCACCUGCAGCGAACUCGCCGUCAAAAUUAUCAGCAUGGCAAAUUUCCGGUCUGAGCGGACGGCGACCAGGACUGCAGAGACAGAGAUCGAGAUCCUGAAGAGAGUCGAUCAUCCGUGUCUCAUAAAGGUGAAGGACUUCUAUCAGUCAGAGGACAAUUACUACAUCUUUCUGGAGCUGAUGGAGGGAGGAGAGCUCUUCCAGAAGGUGAAGUCUCAGCAGCAGCUAAAGGAGGACGUCGCUAAACUCUACUUCUAUCAGAUGCUUUGUGCCGUGCAGUAUCUCCAUAGAAACGGCAUCAUCCACAGAGACCUGAAGCCAGAGAACGUCCUCCUGUCCUCCAAAGAGGACGAGUGUCUCAUUAAGGUGACGGACUUCAGCCAGUCCAGGAUCCUGGAGGAGGCGGCCCUCAUGAGGACUCUGUGUGGGACUCCGUCCUACCUGGCCCCUGAGGUCUUCACCCACGCUUCCACCACGGGUUACGGGCUGGCCGUGGACGCCUGGAGCCUGGGCGUCCUGCUGUUUGUCUGCCUGAGCGGCUACGCUCCGUUCCAAGAGAGGUUCAGCGAGCACUCGGUCAUGGAGCAGAUCAUCAGAGGAGAGUUCACCAUGAUCCCGUCCAAGUGGAGUCGUGUCUCCAACCAGGCCAAAGAUGUGGUGAGGAAGCUGCUGGUGGUGGAUCCCACCAAAAGGAUGACUGUGGAUGAAGCUCUGCAGCACCCCUGGCUGCAGGAUCAGCAGAUGUUGAUGGCGGCUCACAGACUGAUGUACCCUGCAGAAGAAGAUGCUGUUGGUGUUUCCAUGGAUGCAGGAGACGGUUCCAGGAGGAAAAGAGGAAGAGGAGAUGAUGAAGAGGAGGAGCCUCCUGCUAAGAAGAUCUUAGCCCCGCCCCCUCCAUCCCUGUGAAUGUGAAACUUCAGAUUCUUUUAUUUCUUCCCAGGA